UCCUAUUCUUUUUAUAAUUUUCCAACGCGCCGAUCUAAUACACACAGUUUCACAAAGCUGAGGGGAGAAGUGAGGGAUUCGUUGAGACUAGAGAGAGAAGGGUUUCUGUGCACCUGCAAUGGCUUCGAAAGGAGGUGGAGGAGCAGGAACGAUAGGAAGGAUUCCGGAGAUAGAGAAAAUGGGCGUGGAUCAGCUCAAAGCUCUCAAAGAACAGGCCGAUCUCGAAGUCAAUCUCCUCCAAGACAGCCUCAACAACAUCCGAACCGCCACGGUUCGUCUCGAGAUCGCUUCCAACGCUCUCCAAGAUCUCUCUCUGCGUCCCCAAGGGAAGAAAAUGUUGGUGCCUCUUACGGCGUCCUUGUAUGCUCCUGGUACGCUUGAUGAUGCGGACAAGGUCCUAGUCGAUGUUGGCACUGGAUAUUUCAUUGAGAAAACAAUGGCGGAAGGAAAAGAUUAUUGUGAGCGUAAAAUCAACUUGCUGAAAUCUAAUUAUGACCAACUUGUUGAGGUUGCAACAAAGAAGAAAAGCAUCGCCGAUCAAGUUGGAGUGAUCUUACAAUCAAAGUUAAAGCAACUGGCUCCGACACCAUAGGUUUUGUAAGAUUUAGUACAUCAAAUUGAAUUUGGAAGCCUUAUGUUGAAGCACCCGUUGCAAAUGUGCAAUUCAAGAUCUUCCUUUCCUCGAAAUAAAUGGGUUAUAAUGCAGUCACAGUAUUGUUGUACUUUGAUGUGUGAAGCCUUGUGAAAGUGUAGAUGGUGUGUUAGAACUCGGAUUUUUGUGUUGUCCGUUAAAGGUUUUGUAGUUCUUGAAGGAUACCUUUCUAUUGUUCUCUUAGCACGGAUUAUAUAAAAAGAGACAUUGUGAUUUCUGCAA